AUCCAAGCCGUGCCGACACACCGGACAGUAUCGGUUUCUCCGUUCGAUUGUUCUGAGGGGCAGAUGCGUUUGUCACAUCGAGGAAACUGAUGAAGCUGAGGGCUUGAGAAACCGAGCCAAAGUGGGAGCGAGGUAAACACAUCUCCCGAAACGGAUGGGCCCGUAUCUGUUGUUUGGUCCUCUGGACGUGCUCAACCUCCAAGGGGCAUCCAUCGGCAAGACCCAUGCGCUCACGUGUCAAGUAGAUGUGGUCGCCGGCACCACCGGACAAUGCAUCAAGCGGGCAUCCAUACAGGUCCAUCCAUCCAUCCAAAGCUUCAAACGACCAACGCAAAAGACCGCCAACCCACCGUAUCUCUGUGUUAUGGUGCAGAUCCCUCCGUCGAGCGAGGGUUCCAUCGCUAUCGACCUUCCCGCAUUGAAGUCCCUCUCCCUCAGCCUGACCGUCACAGCCGACAGGGACAACACGACCACCCUCAUCGGCCGUGUGUGCAUCCCAUCCUCAUGCUUGCCGCCAGCGGGGCCCAACGCGCCGCCCUCUGAGGCCCUUAUCCCGCUCGAGGGCACGCCCAGGGGCAGCGACGCCCGCGCCGCAUACGAGCCGUAUGAGUAUGACCUGAGGAGCGCGUGUGCUGGUGGGGUGAGGCUGCCACCCCCGCCACACGGGCGUGUGGGCGAUUUGCGUGUGAUGGUGCGGUAUGUGGACGCCGCCAUGGCCGCUGGGCAAUCGGAGGUGGACAGAUCAUUCAUCGCACAGGUAACUCUUGUGGGAGCGAAACGUCAUGUAUGUAUACGGGUCCAUACUGGUUUUGUUUUGGUGUGUACGCAGGACUUCUACAAUGUGUUGCUGACGAGUCUUCACGAGUCCACCUCCCCCCACUCCCUCAGCCCCUCUGCACGCCGCAUGCCGCCUCUCCCCCAGCAGACACCCCCAGGCCCAGCGCCACACACAGCCACCCCUCCCACACACAUGCGCAAGGGCGCCACGGUGGACGUGCUGCCGUCGCCAGGGGCCGUGAGUUACUACUCGGCCCAGUCGGGCGGACCGUCGCCUGCGGGCAAACUGGGGAGGGCGCAGACGUACGGGACGGGAGGGAGGGGGGCGUGGACACCGGAGAAACCCAGAACUGCACGUAAGGUUGGAGAGGGGGGGAUUCAUUGGGUACAAUGCGGCAUUGUGGGUGGGUGUGUCGGUGAGCAGGAAGUCCUGUGUCGCCUGAUUAUGCGUCGCGGGGGAUCGUCAUGCGACGCACAUUCACCAUGGGCACACGGACCAAUACAGUGAGCGCGGGUGUGUGCAAAUGGGACGGCAAUUUGCACACCUGCGUGUGUGUAUGGGUUGGCAGCAAAACAGCGUAGCGAUAGACGAGGAGAGCAAAUCGCGCCGGCUCACCAGGGAAGAAGGUACGCGCCAACACGGGAGUCGCAUUCCUGCCCACGUACGCUGCUGUGUCUGUGAGUAUACAGACAGAUUGGCGGCUGAGGAGCGGCGUCGUGAGGAGCAGCAGGCGGAGAUAGACAACCUGGUGUACCAUCGCACAGAACACCUGCAGCAACUCAUCAACUCACAAGACGGUAAGUGGGUGGGUGGAUGGUUGGGACGAUGGGCGGUACGGUACCACAAGCACAUUUCCACCCAUGUGUGUGUUUUGGUGUGCAGAGAAGCUGGCCAUGUUGGGCCCCAUGCAGGAGGAGGCGGAGGCCAUCAAGGCCAAAUACGGCGAGCUCGAGAAAGCCAGACUAGACAUGCAGGUACUCAUGCAGAGACACGCACACACACAACUUUCCACACACACAAGUGGGAGCCUCUUCGUUAUCUGGUUAUGUGUAGGGGAGUUUGAAGGCGGCGACGGAGAAGUUUGAGUGUCGUCAGCAGGAGGCGCAGCAGCUGCUCAGCGACCUCCACCAGGCCAAAGCCGACACCGAACGCCGCGAUGUCGACCUCAUCGGAGCCAACUCCGCAAAGGACACUGAGAUCGAACUACUCAAACAGACGCUCAGAGAGCAUCAGCAGCAAAAUGAGGUCGGCACCACGCAGGCACGGCACCUUCAGUGGUUCCAGGUGUAUGUUGGUGCGUGAAGGCGUUGUCGCAGUGCAUUGUGAGUCGCGAGGACUACCAGAAGCAGACGGAGGAGCUGCAGCAGACAAUACGCCUGUAAGCAAGCCAUUCAUCGAGACAUGACAUUGACAGACAUGAGCCAAUGGAUCCCUGUCUGUCUGUCAGUGAGCGUGCUCGCCGCGAGGCCAUCGAGAAGGAGGCGCAGCGGGCAGCAAGAGACUUCGAGGCGUGUGUGUCGAGUGAGACUGCCGUCACGCAACAAAUCCUCGUCGAGAAGGAGCAUCUCACCCAACAGCUAGCCGCACUCAGGACACAGAACGGUGAGUACACACACACUGAGGCCGACACUCAUUCAUUUCUGUGUGUGUAUGCCCACUCCUUUUCCCACCAGAUGAGUACCGUCGCAGUUUGGCUGCCUUCGAGGAGGAGGCCACGCGGCAGACGGCAGACAAGACAGACAAAGAGAAAAUGGUAUGUACUCGUGUGUGUCUGCAUAGGCUCGCCACCUUCCCUCCCACCUCCCUGCGUGUCUACAGGCCAUCGAGUUGUCGUCUGUGCGUCGGGAGCUGGAGACGGCCCUCAAGGAGAUACACAGACUCGAUGCCGCCAGACAACAACAGUCAGCAGGGGAAAGCCACGAAACAGCCACAGUCAUCUCCCGCCGUUCGUAUGUGUCGUGUGCAGGGCAUCCGAGAUGGAUUCGCUUCAGCGGUCCGCCGAGUCUGAGCUCCGCGAGGCUGAGAACGCCAGGCUGCGGGCACUCGAUGAGAAGAAUGAAACACUCGCACAGAUGCGGUGAGUGAGAGGGGCAAGGAAAGAGAGCGACGCAACCUUUGCCCCGUCUGCUGCAGGCAGGCAGAGCGGUUGCUAGAGGAGCGUGAUGGCAUGAUCAGAGUGAGAAGAGGACGCUUAGCAUUGCAAGCCUCUGAGUGUUGUUCUGGUGAUGUGUGCAGCCUUUGGAGGACGAAUCCUGCGCCAAGGACGCCCACAUCCACGAGCUGACCAACCGCAUCAACUCACUCAGGCACACGAGCAUGACAACGAGAGGACGCAGAUGUGAGAAUGUCGUCUCUUCCCCUUCGUGUGUGUUGUCGUGCAGUGACUUGGACAGGAUGGUCAAGCAAGCGAAUGCCCGCAGCCUCGAGCAGGAACAGAUCAACAGGCAGCUGCAAAACACCCUCGACGAGGAGAGACAGACGUACCAGCAGCUGCUGCGAGCAGGUAGGUAGGACGCCACAAGAUAAGUCCAUUCAGCACUGUGUGACAUCCUGCUUUGGUGUUCCGGUAUGUGUGUGUGUGUGUGCCGGGCCAGAUCGUGAGCGCUACAGUGAGAUGGAGGAUAAGCUGCGGCAGGAGUGUGCUCAGCUGCAGGAGACAUCCGGCGCCCUCGACUUAGCGCACAGGACGGCAGAGAACCACCGACUCAAAGUGACAAACAAACAAACAAACAACCAGAGAACUUCCCCCCGGAACAACCCGCCCGCACUCGAACACUCUCUCCGUUUCCACCAGGUUGAGGAUCAGUUGGCUGCCAGUCGCGCUGAGUGUGAGCGGCUCCGCGUAGAGAAGGCAUCGUAUAACGAAGUGAGAUAUACAGACAGACAGACAGACAGACGGUCGGAGGCAUGUGUGAAUGGAAUAUACCCCUCCUGCUGUGGCCUUCAGUUGCACCGUGAGUUCGAGAGCGUCCAGAAGGAGCUCAACGAAAGCAACCAGGUCGGAGCACAGAGAGACACGAUCGAUCACGCAGCGACACACCAUUCCCGUGCGGUUCUGUAUGUGUGUGUCGUGUGUCAGUGCCGCGCGACACUUCACGGCGAGCUGGCGUCGCUGGCUCAGCAAUUUCAGGAUUUCUUGCAGGAAUGGGAAAGUAAUUCAUCGACACAACACGAUGAAGACGCCACAGGGGCGAGGCCGGGCUAUUGCUAUUGUGUGUGCGGAUGUGGUGUCGUGUCAGGUGGCAAGAGCACACACACGUCGGAGCUGGAGAUCAAAAACGCCGAAAUUAGGUGCCUCAUGGCCAGGUGCGGCAGUCAUUGCACAAUUAACACGUGUGUCUCCACUCACUAAUGAACUGCAUCGCAUCCGCCUGUGCUGUGUCUGUGUGUGUGUAGGCUGAAGCAGCUGAUGACCAAGUACCAGCCGCUCAAGGGCGAUGUCAUCGACGAGCUGCUGGCCCAAUACGUCAACACAUUCCACCCGCCAGUACCUUUCUUCCGGCUCGAUGAUGGUCGGGCGACAUACAGGCACACACACACAGGAGACAGACCUACACGCAGACGCCGAUUCUCCUUGUCUGCGCCUGCCUGCCUGGCUGCCUGGCUGGCUGCAGGUGUGUAUUUGUUCGGCACACGGCGGGUCAUUGUCCGCAUACACAACAACGACAAACUCGUCUGUAAGCACACAACACAACUGAGGCGACAAUACACAGUGCUAGGGCAUCAAAUGUGUGUCUCCGUGUAGUCCGCAUUGGCGGCGGUUUCUGCGACUUCGAGAAAUUCAUCGACCAGUACGCAAGCGAGGAGCUAGCCAAACUAGAAAACAGAGGUGGGGUGGGGAGGGGGGCGCUGGCAGCUGGAAACACCAACACACACUCAAGUGCGCUCACCCUCGUGUGUGUGUCAGAGCUGGCUGCGUCUUCCCCGGCCCAGGUACGCACCGACGGCAGUCCGAAGGGAGACCUCCCCGGCCCACUGCCACCAUCCGGUGCUGCCAAUCGUCGGCAGCUGCGCAGCAACACCACCACGGGCAUCCGGCUGCCUGGGUUUACCAUCCGAUCGCGGGGCGGAAGCGCACAGGUGACAGCACGGGUGACUUCACACACGAGGGGAGAGGGGCCGAUGCAACAGUGAAUGGGUGAGGUGACUGGGGGAAAGGGAGAGGGGGUGUGCAUGGCAUGGUGUGCUCGUGGGAUGGGAGAGACAACACAGACCUUCCAGUGUUGCUUCAUGUAUGUGGGGGGAGGGGCUUGGCUUCAACGAGUGGACGGACG